AUGGGCUUACUGCUGAAGAAGCCAGACGACGAGCCAGGAGCAGCAUGGCCGGCAGUCGUCAUUGGCCUGUUCGUGGCCUUUGGUGGUGUUCUGUUUGGCUACGACACAGGAACCAUUUCGGGCAUCCUGGGCAUGGAGUAUUGGGUCCGAGAGUUCAGCGGAGGCUACACUGAUGCAGACGGCCAACCGGCGAUCAGCUCGGGCGACGAGUCUCUGAUUGUCUCGAUCCUGAGUUUGGGGACGUUUCUUGGAGCCUUGACAGCCGCCCCAGUGGCAGAUUACUUUGGACGUCGGAUGGGACUUAUCCUGUCCACUGCGAUCAUCUUCAAUUUGGGAGUCAUCCUGCAGACUGCGUCUACUUCACAGCCGCUGUUCAUCGCGGGCAGAUUCUGGGCCGGAUAUGGUGUAGGUUUGAUAUCUGCACAGAUCCCAUUGUACCAGUCGGAAACAGCACCCAAGUGGAUUCGAGGCACUGUCGUAGGAGCAUACCAAUUGUCGAUCACAAUCGGGCUUUUCUUGGCAGCCAUAGUCAACAACGCGACCAAGAACCGGGACGACACUGGCUCUUACCGCAUUCCUGUGGCUCUUCAGUUCCUAUGGUCGAUCAUCCUAGUUGGGGGUCUCCUCUUCCUACCAGAUACCCCGCGUUUUCACAUCAAGAAAGGCCGCCACGAAGCCGCUGCGAAGGCCCUCGCCCGCAUUCGUCGGCUGCCUGUCGAUCACCCCGGACUCGUCGAGGAACUUGCUGAGGUUCGAGCCAAUCACGAUUUCGAGAUGAGUCUCGGGAAGGGAACGUACGCAGACUGUUUCAAGGGCACCGUCGGCAAACGUCUCAUGACUGGCUGUGCGCUGCAAGCGCUACAGCAACUCUCCGGCCGUGCCGGCUUCGAGAACCCCUUCACCAUUCAGGUCAUCACGAAUUGCGUCAACGUCGUCUCCACCCUACCUGGACUCUAUCUCGUCGAGAAGCUGGGCCGCCGCAACUUGCUCCUCUUGGGCUCAUGCGGUAUGGCUGCGUGCCAGUUCAUCGUGGCCAUUACUGGGACAGUAGCUGGAACCACUGACCUGGCAGCUCAGCGUGCGGCCAUCGCUUUCGUAUGCAUCUACAUCUACUUCUUUGCGUCUACUUGGGGUCCAGUCGCAUGGGUCGUUACGGGAGAAUUGUUCCCUCUCAAGGUCCGCGCCAAAGCACUGUCGAUGACGACUGCAACGAAUUGGCUAUUGAACUUCGCAAUCGCUUAUAGCACACCUUACAUGGUCGACGAGGAACAUGCAAACCUGCAAUCCAAAGUCUUCUUCGUCUGGGGCUCCUUUUGCCUACUCUCGAUCGGCUUCGUGUGGGCAUUAAUUUACGAGACCAAAGCGCUCACGCUCGAGCAAGUCGACGAGUUGUAUGAGCUGGUUGAUAAAGCUUGGCAGAGCAAGAAGUUCAGGCCCAAGGUCAACUUCCGGGAGAGCGUGGCUGAGGAAGGCCAGAGGGGCAUGAGUUUGAGGCAGAUGAGUAUUGCGCAGGAGAGGAGAAGGAGUCAGGCUGGGGUUGAGGGGGGUGAGAAGGGAUUCAGGGGCGAGGAGAGAUCAUGA